UGCACUGGCGAUGCGUCUGAGAUUGCUUUGCUCAAAUUCACUGAGCUGACAAUCGGCAACAUUCACGGUUAUCGUGAGAAAUCGCCAAAAGUCGCUGAGAUUCCAUUCAACUCGACAAAUAAGUACCAGGUGUCCAUACAUGAUGUCCCCGAAAGCGACAGCUAUCUUCUUGUAAUGAAAGGAGCUCCAGAACGCAUUCUUGAUGUGUGCAGCACAAUAGUCCUGAAUGGUAAAGAGGAAACCCUAGACGAAAAACUUCGCGCGGAUUUCAACACUGCCUAUUUGGAACUCGGAGGAAUGGGAGAGCGUGUGCUUGGAUUCUGCGACUUUGUCCUUCCAGCAGAUAAAUAUCCAAAAGGCUAUGAGUUCGACACAGAGAAGGUCAACUUCCCACUAAAAGGACUGCGUUUCGUGGGACUGAUGUCCAUGAUUGACCCACCGCGUGCGGCUGUGCCCGAUGCUGUCGGGAAGUGCAGAUCCGCUGGUAUCAAAGUCGUCAUGGUCACUGGUGAUCACCCUAUCACCGCCAAGGCCAUUGCCAAGUCUGUGGGGAUCAUUAGUGAAGGAGCCGAAACCGUAGAAGACAUUGCCAUUCGUCGCGGGAUUCCAGUGGAGGAUGUUGAUCCUUGUGAGGCAAAGGCGGCUGUGGUACAUGGGACAGAUUUGAGAGAGAUGAGCGAGGAUCAGCUGGCUGAGGUAGGGCGUUCUUUUGAAGGCACCGUCCACCCAAGUGUGGGUGAUGAGAUUCUGGUUUUAUAU